CGCGGCCGAGAGCGGGAGAAAGUCCUGCCGGUGGGCGGCCGCGGGGCUGCGAGCGUCCGGCAUCCCGGGGCCGCUCCGGCCCGGGCGGCGAGGGGGCCCGGUGGUCCAUGCAUCCGCCGCCGCCCGCCGCUGCCGCGAUGGAUUUCAGUCAGAACAGCCUGUUCGGCUACAUGGAGGACCUGCAGGAGCUCACCAUCAUCGAGAGGCCGGUCCGCCGGAGCCUCAAGACACCAGAAGAAAUAGAAAGACUGACAGUUGAUGAAGACCUCAGUGAUAUUGAAAGGGCUGUUUAUCUGCUCAGUGCUGGCCAAGAUAUCCAAGGAACAAGUGUGAUUGCAAAUCUUCCAUUUUUGAUGCGACAGAAUCCUGCUGAGACACUUCGGAGAGUCUUGCCGAAAGUCAGAGAAGUCCUGUCUGUUGCAGGAGUGGAAAUGCAGUUAACAGCUGCGGUGUCAUUCUUGACCAUUCUACAGGAAGAUUCGGUGUCAAUUCAUACGUAUGCCCACUCCUUCCUCCAAGUCAUUCUGCUACAUCUGGAACACCGGGAUGCAGGUGUCAGCAAUGCCUGGCUGGAGACUCUUCUGUCUGUGAUGGAAGUAUUGCCCAAAGAAACCCUAAGACAUGAGAUUUUGAACCCACUUGUUUCCAAGGCACAGCUUUCCCAAACAGUCCAGUCUCGUUUAGUUAGUUGUAAAAUUUUAGGAAAAUUGACCAACAAAUUUGAUGCCCAUACCAUUAAAAGAGAAAUACUUCCUCUGGUAAAAUCACUCUGUCAAGAUGUAGAAUAUGAAGUUCGGUCUUGUAUGUGUCGGCAAUUAGAAAACAUAGCUCAGGGCAUUGGGACAGAACUUACAAAAAGCGUGGUGCUCCCUGAACUAAUAGAACUCUCUAGGGAUGAAGGCAGCAGUGUGCGUCUUGCAGCUUUUGAAACUCUGGUUAAUCUGCUUGAUGCAUUUGAUACAGAUGACAGAAGUCAAACUAUACUUCCCUUAGUGAAAUCAUUUUGUGAAAAAUCUUUCAAAGCAGAUGAAUCAAUUCUUAUUUCCUUAUCUUUCCAUUUAGGAAAACUAUGCCAUGGACUCUAUGGAAUUUUUACUCCAGAUCAACACUUGAGAUUUUUGGAGUUUUAUAAGAAACUCUGUACAUUGGGUUUGCAACAAGAAAAUGGACACAAUGAAAAUCAGAUUCCACCCCAAAUCCUAGAGCAGGAGAAGAAAUAUAUUUCCGUCCGGAAGAACUGUGCUUAUAACUUCCCGGCCAUGAUUGUGUUUGUUGAUCCUAAAAACUUCCACAUGGAACUCUAUUCUACAUUCUUCUGCCUUUGUCAUGACCCUGAAGUACCAGUCAGAUAUACUAUUGCUAUUUGCUUUUAUGAAGUAUCUAAACUUCUGAAUUCUGGAGUAUAUUUAAUACAUAAAGAACUAAUAACAUUAUUACAAGAUGAAUCACUGGAGGUACUAGAUGCUCUUAUAGAUCAUCUUCCAGAAAUCCUUGAACUUAUGUCUACUGGUGGAGAAAGCAGUAUUCAAGAAAAUAAGUUAUCAUCUCUGCCUGACUUGAUCCCAGCCCUCACGGCUGCUGAGCAGCGAGCUGCAGCCUCCUUGAAAUGGAGAACUCAUGAGAAGCUACUACAGAAAUAUGCCUGUCUGCCGCAUAUCAUAUCAAGUGAUCAGAUUUAUUAUCGUUUCUUACAAAGAAUGUUCACAAUCAUGAUGACAAAUAAUGUCUUGCCUGUUCAAAAGGCAGCUUCACGAACUCUAUGCAUUUUUCUGCGUUAUAAUCGUAAACAAGAACAGAGACAUGAGGUCAUUCAAAAAUUAAUUGAACAACUGGGCCAAGGAAAAAGUUAUUGGAAUAGACUUCGAUUUUUGGAUACCUGUGAAUUUAUUAUAGAGAUCUUUUCCAAAUCAUUUUUCUGUAAAUAUUUCUUUCUACCUGCUAUCGAACUGACACAUGAUCCUGUGGCAAAUGUGAGAAUGAAACUUUGCUACUUGUUGCCCAAAGUGAAAUCUACCCUGAAGAUCCCUGCAGAUAAGCAUCUACUUCAGCAGUUGGAAAUGUGUGUGAGGAAACUCCUCUGUCAAGAGAAAGAUAAGGAUGUUCUGGCUAUUGUAAAAAGAACCGUGUUAGAGCUGGACAGAAUGGAAAUGUCCAUGGAUGCGUUUCAGAAAAAGUUUUAUGAAAAAGAUUUGUUGGAUCAAGAGAAAGAAAGAGAAGAACUACUUCUUAUGGAAAUGGAACAAUUAGAGAAAGAGAAGCAACAGAAUGAUGGGAGGCCCAUGAGUGAUAAAACCUUUGAAAAGAAACGUAGAGACACUAAGACACCAACAACUCUGCCUAAGAGCAUCCCUAUUUCUGUUCCUGGACCUUCUGGAACAAGCACCCCAUCAACAAGCAAAGAAAUCAAGAAAUCCAAACUGAUUCGAAGCCAGUCUUUUAAUAAUCAAGCUUUUCAUGCAAAAUAUGGCAACUUAGACAAGUGUCCUAGUAAAAGUUCUACAGCAGGAUAUACACCUGUCUCAGGGUUAGGAAAGACUUCUGUGAUUUCACUGACUGAUGACUCAUUCCGCGCCCGCAAUGCCAGUAGCAUUCCGACUUCCUUUUCUCCCAGUCCUUCCCUACCGAGCACCUCCCGUGGGACAGGUAACUCAGUUGAUCCAAAGAGCAGUGGAAGUAAAGACACGCAACCACGGAAGGCUACCUUAAAAUCGAGAAAAUCCAAUCCUUAAAUCAUCUGCUUGAUGAAGGAAGCAAAACAAAGACAACUGGAGAUAAUGUGAUUGAUGGACGAAAGCUAAAGCAAAUGGCUGGGCUUUUUUUUUCUUUUUUUUCUUUGGUUAAUGAAUGGAAAAGAGACACAUAAUGGCAGCUGAUGUUGAUAAACUUUCCAUAUUUGAAAUUAGAUUCCCUAGGAGAUAUACUAUAUAUUUCUUGAGUAAUAAUGUGGUUACAGAAUUCCAACGUCAUAGUGAAGUGUGAUGAAAAACAACUUUAGCUGUACGCUUUUAGCCCUGCUGCAGAAGAGACCAGUCUGCAUUCAUCUGUGCAGGAAAUCAUCUAUUUAGCUGUUCUAGAGUUUUAGCACUCAAAAAUUAUAUGAAAGUCCAAAUCAACUGAAAUUGCUUUAGCUAAUCACUUGGAAGGGCUUUGGGAGUAAGAAAGACAUUGCAUCUUCUCACAAAUCUCCAAGCCCAAUUAAAAAGUCACACUGAAAAGGGUACGAGCAGCUGUCCGCAGUUUUAUCAGUCCUACGAUGGUGGUGACAGUGUUGUAACUGGACGUUCUGAAAUUUCAAUUUGGCAAUGAAAAUUCUACCAAGAUUUCUGAUAACUUUUAGCUUACAACUACCUUAAAAAUAA